AAGUGUACCAGAGAAGGGUAGUUGCAAACGCUCGUCUCUUAACGACAGGUAAAGUUUAAAGUAAGUGUUCAGCAGAUCAAGUAGUCCAAACAGGGUACAAAGGCCUUUCAGAUCAGAUGUCCUCGUCCACUACCCCCACUACCCCUUCUGUCCUCCUCAAUGCAGGGGUUCAGAUGCCCCUCCUGGGUUUGGGGACCUACAAGUUGGUGGCUCCUGAUGAUGUCUACCUGGCUGUGGAUGCAGCACUGGUUGCUGGUUAUCGGGCCUUCGACAGUGCAGCUUGCUACGAGAAUGAAGCCAUUUUUGGCCGAGCCCUGAAGGAUCUCCUGCCCAAACAUGGCUUAACUAGAGAGGAUGUAUUCAUAACCAGCAAGCUGGACCCUAAAGAUCAGGGUGAGAGGGCCAUGGAAGCAGCCCUCCACAGCCUGUCUCAGCUGGACCUGGGUUACAUUGACCUCUACCUGAUCCACUGGCCGGGCACAGAGAGCCUGGCAGAGCGUGACCAACGCAACCCAGGCAACAGAGCUCAGAGUUGGGCCACACUGGAGGAGCUGCAUGCCCAGGGGAAGCUGAAGGCCAUAGGAGUGUCCAACUACACACCAGCACACAUGAGAGAACUGGUGAAGAGCUGCAAAAUCCCUCCUGCAGUGCUACAGGUAGAGUUUCAUCCAGAGCUGUGCCAGACAGAGCUGAGGAGUGUGUGUGAGGAGUAUGGAGUGUGUUUUCAAGCCUUCUCCUCCUUAGGGAAAGGAGCUCUGGUCACUGACCCCGUGGUCAUGGAGGUGGCCAAGAGUUGUGAACGCACACCUGCACAGGUGCUGUUGCGCUGGGCUGUGCAGCAGGGCGUCCCAGUGAUCCCCAAGUCUUCAAAUCCAGACAGGAUAAAGGACAAUGCCAGGAUUUUUGACUUCACACUGAGUGACACAGACAUGGACAGACUGUCGGCCUUGGACCGUGGGCACAAGUACUGCUUGGAUUCAUCGGAAGUGGUUUGAUAGACCACUGGGAACAAUCAUCAUCUCCCGUGAUUCUACUUUAAUGCUGCUGUUAUUCAGGUUUGAGUGGCAGAAUUUAGAUUUUACAAAAAAAAUCAACUGGGCUAAUGUUUUGAGAAUUUAGAUAAAUGUACACAUAUGUACCGAGAUAUCUGAGAGUGCAAGUAACAUUUAUGAUAAUACUGGCCAAUAAUUUGCCUUGCUCAUUGACCCAUAUGUCAUGAAACACUGAGAGCCUUUUCAGGUAGAACCUAUAGAUGUGUUGCUUACUGACAAAAUAGUUUUUUUUUUAUUAUCUACAAAUCUGUAAGUGUGCCAUAAUUUUAAGACUAGCUCCGUAGUCUUUCUUGCCUCAUACCGUUCUUUAAUCACACUCUUACAAUGUAACAUCUUGUGAUCUAGCUUUUCCUUUUGAGCUGUCUACGAAUUAAAACACUCAUUUUAAAACCACUCUUAAAAUUAUUUAUUCAGGACAGCAUAUAUACCAGAAGUUUCACAGCAG